ACUCCGUGCCAGGCCGGAGGCUGUGCCCGUCACUCGCAGUCCCAGGCCGGGGCCCUGGCACACGGUGGCUGGUGGCUCUUAGCCAGGCCCAGCCGCCCCGGCCCCGCGGCGCGCCCACCCCGACCCUGCGUGCCAGGCGGGUGGCGGCGCCUCCCGGGGCUUCUGGCCUGGGGGCUACAGCGGAGCCCACCCGAGGGAGGCCAGGGCCCCGGGGGCAGAAGGAGCGGCGCCGCAGGCACCGCGCCAAGUUUGACCUUGUCUGUGUCAAUGCGUGGAUGCUGGACCUCACCCAGGCCAUCCUGAACCUUGGCUUCCUGGCUGGGGCCUUCACCUUGGGCUAUGCAGCAGACAGGUAUGGCAGAAUAGUCAUUUACUUAAUAUCCUGUUUCGGCGUUGGCAUUACCGGCGUUGUGGUGGCUUUUGCACCAAAUUUCCCUGUGUUUGUGAUCUUCCGCUUCCUGCAAGGUGUGUUUGGAAAGGGGACGUGGAUGACUAGCUACGUGAUCGUGACAGAAAUAGUUGGCUCAAAACAAAGGAGGAUUGUGGGGAUAGUGAUUCAAAUAUUCUUCACUCUUGGAAUCAUAAUUCUCCCUGGAAUCGCCUACUUCAUUCCCAAUUGGCAAGGGAUCCAGCUAGCCAUAACGCUGCCCAACUUCCUCUUCCUCCUUUAUUACUGGGCGGUUCCUGAGUCUCCACGCUGGCUGAUUACUCGGAAGAAAGGAGAGAAAGCCUUAGAAAUUCUGAGACGUAUCGCUAAGUGCAAUGGGAAAUAUCUCUCACCAAAUUACUCGGAGGUCACUGUUACAGACGAGGAGGUUAGUAAUCCGUCCUUCUUAGAUCUGGUGAGAACUCCCCAGAUGAGGAAGUGCACACUUAUACUUAUGUUUGCUUGGUUCACAAGCGCAGUGGUCUAUCAAGGGCUUGUCAUGCGCCUGGGAAUCGUAGGCGGCAACCUCUACAUAGACUUUUUCAUCUCGGGAGUCGUGGAGCUGCCGGGGGCGCUCUUGAUCUUGCUAACCAUUGAGCGCGUGGGACGGCGUCUGCCCUUCGCAGCAAGCAAUAUAGUGGCAGGAGUGGCAUGCCUCGUCACCGCAUUCUUACCAGAAGGGAUACCAUGGUUGAGGACCACCGUUGCUACCCUGGGAAGACUGGGGAUAACCAUGGCCUUUGAAAUUGUUUAUUUGGUAAAUUCAGAAUUGUACCCAACAACAUUACGAAACUUUGGAGUUUCACUCUGUUCGGGUUUAUGUGAUUUUGGGGGCAUCAUAGCCCCGUUUCUGCUCUUCCGGCUAGCAGCCUUGUGGCUAGAACUACCUCUGAUCAUCUUUGGUGUCCUGGCGUCUCUCUGCGGUGGCCUCGUGAUGCUUUUGCCUGAAACCAAGGGCAUUGCCUUGCCGGAGACGGUGGACGACGUAGAGAAACUUGGCAGUCCACACGCCAGUAGCUGUGGCAGGAAAAAGAAGACCCGGCUUUCCAGCUCUCACCUUUGAGGCUCUACCAAAGGCAGAAAUGGGGAACAGUCCACGAGAGAUCCUCCCCGGAAGCUGCACCGGGCACGAGGGGUGUGUCUGUCCAUUUCUAACUGCCAGGCUCUGCCGCCCCAAGGGUUUUUAAAAGCCAUUCAAACUAUCCAGGGUAUUUCUAUAUGAUGUCGGAUGCGUUAGGCUGUAUUGCGCUAUUGACGUUUCUGGAAACACGUGAUACCAUGUGUGGCUGGUUUAGCAAAGCCUGUUUCACGGCCCUUCCUGAGGGCUUUUCUGGGCUUGGAGCAGUGGGCUCUGUCCCAUUCAGUUAGAGACAGAGAAGCCCCCAUCUGAUUCUCAUGACAGCCCCAAGAAAAGGUAGGGAACCGCGGAUUGGCCGAAGGGGUGGAGAAAUUCGUGUGUCAGAUCUGAUCAAGGAACCGAGGCCUCAAACCAAGUGACCCAAGAUUCCGCAGAGGAUGAAGAUCUGGGUUUCUGCUAGUGAGGAGACCGAGUCUAAGGACCUCGGGCACACAGCGCGGAGCCUCUGCUUUGCCGUCUCGCCCUGAGCCCUGCAAGCCUCGGGAGCAUGGCCAGGGCGGUUGAGCUUCCCAUCCACUCCUCUGCAGCCUCUGGGGUCUUAGGGAUGGUUCAGAAGUAAGGAUGUACCUGGGUUUGAUUUGGGAUUGGUUCUAUUAUUUAUAAAAUCCAAUCUGGGUCCUGAGAGUGUCCCGGAUAUUUGGGUCCUGUUUAGUGAACCCUGCAGCCAUGGAUCACACUCUUUACCAAACAAACCCCUUGGGCUGUGAUUCCGGGGUCUCAGGAUCAAGAGUAAAGGGAGAGGGUCUUGUACCGGUGAGGUCAGUUCUGAUGGCACCUGCUCAGGAGUGAACGUCAUGGACUGCCUACUUACUCAGUGCACUUUCUGACUCAUUUGGGGGCAAAGCCUGCAUUUUGAUGAAAAGAAAGGUCAAUUGUAUCCAUGCUUAAAAGAAUUAGCAGCAGUUUUAUAAGUGGCCUUAUAGAUACUAAUAAGGAAUCAGAUCUUUUUUGGUUAUCGAGACUUUUGAAAUGUGGAACUGAAACACAGAUAUGGUGUCCCGCUUUGUAUGUGACCUUGGUUAUAUUUUCACGGUUAGUAGAAUGUUUAAACGGAUUGCUACAUGGGGACAGCGACCUGGCUACUGAAGGGAAACCUUGCCAGUGAGGAAGGAAUCCUGCAUGUGGAGAACAAGGGACAGUAUAGACCAUGUACGUGCUCAUUGUAAAAAGCUUCCUAAUCCCCAGAGCC